UUACUGCUGUUUACACGAGGCGCACACCCGCGUAGGAUCCAACCGAUUAAUACGAUACUCUGUGAUUAUAAUUAGUUUUAAUAUUCAUAAGUAUUCGUCUCUGAUGCAAUAACAUGCCUAACGGGUUCGAACAUUCAGUCAAAGUCCCCAGACUUUACAAAUCUGCAUCCAAAAUCAUUCGAGACGUUCGUGAGAAAGGUGGCAGUCUCAAGUCGUUGAUUUAUGAACAGAGGCAUCCUAAUGUGUCUGCAAUAUAUUCUCUAUGCCUUAAUGCAUUGCAAAAAGAAACGCAAUUGGUUCAUCUUAUGAACAAAACUGGUAUACUAAUGAAAGAAACCCGUUUGGAUCCAUGGUUGGCAAAAAUCCUUAUAACCGAACUUCUCUGGGGAAAGAAAACCCUGAAUAGUGUUUGCAAACCCGCUCAGACUGUUCUUAAUUAUGAAAAACAAUUGAAAGAAGAAUUGAACCACUGUGGUGUUGUAGAAGCACAUUUGCCACUUACCAAAGCAGUACGAAAACCGAGAUACGUUCGUGUCAACACUUUAUUGUUGCCACUGAAUAAGGCGUUAUCUUAUUUCAAAGAAGAGGGAUGGUUACUUCUACCGAAAUGCCUGAAUUACACGGCACAUCUCACUGCUGUAAAAAAUUUAACAAAACCAAAAUUUAUUCAGGACUUCCAUGUCCCAGAAUUACUCGUUUUUCCACCUAACACGACUUUCCACGACCAUUCUGGGUAUCAGAAUGGAGAAAUCAUUUUACAAGAUAAGGCCAGUUGUCUUCCAGCCCAAUUACUAAAUCCAAAACCUGGUUCUGUAGUUUUGGACAUGUGUGCAGCUCCUGGAAUGAAGUCAUCGCAUAUAGCUGCUCUGAUGAAGAACCAUGGAAAAAUUUAUGCAGUGGAGAUUGACAAAAGAAGAUACACAACUUUAUGUGAACAAAUCAAACUUACAAGUGCCUCUUGUGUAAAUACUCUUAACGAGGAUGCAUUAACACUGGAGGGGAAAGAUUAUUCUAAUGUGGAGUAUAUUCUAGUUGAUCCGACCUGUUCUGGUUCAGGCAUGUUGGACAGACAGUUAGUGCACGGAGCGGAGCAAUGCACGCCACAGCGUUUGAAACAGUUGCAAUCAUUUCAAGUGUUUCUCUUGCGGCACGCGCUUCUGAAUUUCCCAAAUGUAAAGAGAGUUGUUUACAGUACCUGUUCCACCAAUCCGGAAGAAAACGAGCAAGUUGUAGACGAACUUCUCGGUGACGUUCAAGGUGCAUAUCAUUUGGCAUCCAUUAAACAUAUCUUCAAGGACGAUUGGAAGAAUUACAGUUCGAAAGAUUAUAACUGCCUCGAUAACUGCCUUUAUGCUAAUCCCGAAGUGGAUUUGUGCAAUGGCUUUUUCGUUGCGGUGUUCGAGAGGGAUUUGAACGUGCCCUUGCCAGAGUAUAAACGCAAGGGAAGCAAAGCAAAUAAAGAACCGUCGGGCAGUAAUGACAUAUCGAAUGCAGAUAAGACAGGUUUAUCCCGGAAACGUAAGAAACGUCCGAAUAGGAAGAAGAUGAACGCCACUCGCGAGACCUCCGUGGCAGAGAGUAUUCUGGACGUUUCUUCCGAAUCAGUUAUGAUCAUCGAUGAAAUAAAUAAUCGUGACAAAGACAAUGAAGACGAUGAAAAAAACAAGGAAAAUGGUGAAGAAAAGAAUGAAGAUGAUGAAAUAAUGGAGGAUGCGCCACCGGCGAAGAAAAUCAAAAAGAAAUUAAAAUCCAAAGACAAAAAACAAUCCAAAGGUGAAAUUCAAGUGAAACGGAAGCAGAUCAAAGUGCAAAAGACGAAGAAAAAGUAAAAAGAUAUAUCAAGAUCCCUUGGACAAGAAUGCUAUUCGCUGUUGCUAUAUAAAAUGUUAAGAUCUUUUAUAUUGAGUUAGGAGAAGUAAUGAAUAUACAUUCGCGCGGGACUUACUCCGAA